UUGGGAGGAGGUGCCUAAGCGUCAGUAUCAUUUGAUCGCUCGUAACCUAGUCGUAACUUUUAAAUAAAUAGAUAUGGAGUUAAAUGAUAGUUAUAUUUCAUUUUCUCCUUCGCUAACAGCUAGAAUUAUUCUUGGGUUUUGAUUGAUUUAUAUUGACAUAGUGUUAGUAAUUGGAUUUUGGUGACAAUGAAUGUCAAUGCGACAUUCAAUGAUUCUCUGGGAUCUCCACGAGCCAUGCCGGAGGCCCCCGCGUACAUCUUGGUGCUGACCAGCGUUUUCUACAGCCUGACUUUUAUUGCAGGAAUAAUUGGGAACAUUUUCGUUAUAACCGUUGUGUUUGUAUUUAAGCGCAUGCAGAGUAGAAUGAAUUUCUUCUUCGUUAACCUGUCAAUAACGGACAUGCUGAUCCUCUUCGUGUGCAUGCCGUCAGCGACGGUUGACCUCUUCGCCAAGGAAGUUUGGUAUUUUGGCGAAUUCAUGUGUAAAAUGGUUCAUUACACAGAGAACGUGGUCACUCUCGCUUCCGUGAUGACGAUCUUCGCCAUCACUGUUGACCGCUACAGAGGAAUAUGUCACCCAAUGAUGUCCAAGGGUCACUGGACCAAUUUCCGUGUGUCGGUGGUCGUCAUCAUUGUCUGGGUACUGGCCGUUCUCUGUAGCCUACCCACCUUCUUCUUCCCCGUCUUCAAGGACUCGAGGUGGAAAGAUGGCACCCCAAUUCAAGUCUGUCGCAUUCCGAUUAACGAAGAUUGGAAAGUGGGCUACCUGUUGGGAAUUUUUACUCUUUUCUUCGCUGUCCCGUUCUUUGUUCUCGCUGGGCUGAUAUUCUGCAUGGGACGUGCAUUAUUGUGGCACCACAACCUCCAGGAGGGCAGGGCAGACAAAGACGCCAUGUACACGUUGAGAAAACGACGCCGAGUGGUGGUCAUGCUGAUCCUUGUGGUGGUCGCCUUCUUUCUGUGUCUCCUUCCGCAGCGUCUUGUUGGGUUGUGGAUUAUCUACACAGACAGGAAGAAUCUGGUAUCUCUCGGCUUGGAGGGCUACCUAAAUCUGGUCAAUUUUACCCGCGUCAUGAUGUACAUCAACAGUGCCAUGAAUCCAAUCAUUUAUAAUUGCAUGUCAACAAAGUUUCGUGGAGCCUUAAAGGAUCUUUGUCGAAGAAGACGUCAUUAUAAUGCCAUCAGUCGUACAAAUGCUCUGACCUUGACCCCAGUGCCAUCAUCUACAUCAUGUUAUUGCGCACGCUAACUCUUCUGACUGGUGUAUUUGUCAAUAAUCUAGUGUCGUAUGUAACACGCAAUUUGAUUGGCUAUACGACAUACUUUAUUUUUAACAACGUUUUAAAAAAAACUGUUAAAAACCCACAUUUGUUAAAAAUUGCUUCUUCUGAUUUUUAAGCAUCUUACGCAGAACAAAUGUUUGUCAGUGACUAUUUUAAUGUAAAUUUCUAAAUCUUCUUAAUGACAUUGAUCUUAAUUAUAGUGUUUUAUUUUCGUAAUUUUACAUCAUAUCUUUUGCUAUACCGUCAUUUAAUUGUGUUUUACUGUUUUAUUCCUUUUUUUACCAUUGUAAAGCGCCUUAGAGUAAUUUGUUUUAUAUUGUUUUAUGCGCUAUAUAAAUUUUAUUAUUAUUAUUAUUUGUUACUACAUGUAAUAUAACUUUCUACGUAAAAAAUUUGUUUCAAUUUCAUCGAAAAACAUGUAGAAUUGAGAGCAUAUUUAUCAAGUAACUAAAUUAAAGGAGAGAAUUCGAUAGCGCUGUGCGUUAUUGAACUAUGAACAACAUAACUCUGUACAGACCCGCGUAAAUAACUUCAGUUUUUGCUGUUGUGAGUUUAUAUUGUUUAUUGAUAUUUAUUUGGUCAGGCCUUUACAAAAUUCUACAUUCUAACCUAAUGGAUUGAGUGUAUUCUAUAAGUAUAUAAAUCUUCAAUCCUGAAUAUCCAUGCAGGAAGAACUCACAAAUAAAGGAAGAAAAAAGGAGGGUAGGCCAGCGAGAAAAAAUGUAACAAUACUCUGGCUGCAUAUUGUAUACAAAACUACAAAAGCGUUCAUUUGUUUGCUUGUUGUUUUAAGCCCUUCAAGAAUUCUUCAUUCAUAUCUAGACGUUAACAGCUAUCGAUGAAGUAGUAUCAAUUAAGACCAUAGCAUGGCUCUCAGGGCCGUGACAGUGCGGGUUCCCGGGCCGUAACAGUGCGGGUUCCAGGGCCGUGACAGUGCGGGUUCCCGGGCCGUAACAGUGCGGGUUCUAGGGCCGUGACAGUGCGGGUUCUAGGGCCGUGACAGUGCGGGUUCCAGGGCCGUGACAGUGUGGGUUCUAGGGCCGUGACAGUGUGGGUUCUAGGGCCGUGACAGUGCGGGUUCUAGGGCCGUGACAGUGCGGGUUCUAGGGCUGUGACAGUGCGGGUUCUCCAUCGUGUCAACACCUGCCUCAUUUCCCAAAGGUCCCGCAACUAUCGAGCGUUUGGUAUCCUUACAAUGUCACGGUUUUGUACGUAAUCACAUGACCGUGACAUUGUGCGAAUGAGCAUCUGGUGAAGGAACAGUCACUACCUAUUUUUUCGUCUUAGUUUUUGACGUGGUCCGGUCUCGUUCAGGCCCGCUUGACGUGGUCCGGUCUCGCUCUCAGGCCCACUCGGUCACAGACAAACGAUCUAAGCACUGAAUCGUGGAGACCUGGAAAAAGAUCGACGUAAUCUGCACCGGGUUAUGUUAUAACCCAAUAAUUUCAACAGUCAUCCAAUUUGUCACUGGGUGAUUAACUUUACGAAAUGUUGAGCAUUUCAGAUGAUUAAUCUGAAUUAGAAAUGCGCUAUGGAAUCGUUAGUGAAUAUAAAAAGGAUCAGGAGGUGGCAUAACCAAGUUUGACUUUGUCUAGUGCCCACGAUUGCCUCACUAGCACAGGCGAAUCCAAAAGCAUGGUGGUGGGGUCGACGACCAAAAGAUUCACCACUGUUACCCCCUACGGGCUUUUAACGAUUGAAUUUGGCGCUCUUUAGAAAAUAUUUAAUUUUCACUUUGCUUACACUUCAUCAAAAUACAUAUGAAACUGAUUUUACAUCCGGUCCAUCUAUUUACAUAGAUCUCGUUUGUACUUCUGCAUGCAAACAUUGUGAUAACAUUCUGAAGAAAAAAAUUGCAUUUGCCCUUUCUCGCCCAAAACUUAUGUUCCAGGUGUAGUUAUGUUUUUAGUUCUUAUUUGUAAAUUCGUAUGCCUGUAAGCAAUAUGUUCAGUUUUGUUGUUGUUUGUUCUUUUCCAUAAAAUUUUGCUAUGACAUUAAAUGCAAAGAAAAAUAAAAUGAAUUUAUUCACACAAAAAUCCUCUUAGAUAUUGCUUUUGACAGUGUUGGGAUCUGUAACUAGGGUCUACAGGGGACGAAGAAGCACCCCUCCCCUCCCCUUUGAGAUCCACGUGUGAGCUCUGAGGUUAACGUGGCUUUGGAAUUUGUGGUAUAUGAUUUAUGGUCAAGAAAAGCACCCAAGUAUUAGUCAGUGUGCUACUGACAAAAUCAAUAGGCCUAUUCUCUGUCAUAGCACCUGUUCGAGAUAUGGAGAGUUAAUACAAGUUAUGAUAUUGACCAUACGCUGAACCGUGUUACCGAUCUGUCACCGCGGA